CCUAGAAAUAGGCAAUCACGGCAGCGCAGUGGGCCUCCGGCGGCCGCUCUUUCUCAACCAAACCCGCGCUUUCCGCGCUUGGAUCGGCUCAUGGCGGUCAUCUAUUCAACUCCCGUUCUUCUUCCCCCUCGUGGCCCUUUCCACCUUUUGCGGCACUCGCAUCAUCUCCUUGUUCGGAUCCUUCUUGUCCUCGCUCCGAUUGAUGCCGGUCCGGCUCUGGGAUUUCAUUUAUGUCGACCUUAGCUUGGCAGCCUCUAAGUAACACUCGUAAUGCGAUUGGGGUCCGAUCUGUUCUGCCGUGGCGCGGCGCCAACGCUGUCGAGCUUCCGCUGCUUCCUCAUCUAGGUUGGCGCGUGAGAGUUGUUUGAUGUUGUGGAGAUGGAUUCUACUACUAACUCUGAGCUAAAUGAUUCUAGCAACCCAAUCUCUCCCAAUUCGGUACUACAAGAACAACCAGCAGCGAAUUCACCAGUUAAGGGAAUCCCAGAUAUACACGUUGAGCCACCUCUUCUCCGCCCCCUGCGGCUUCGGGCUAUCGGGAAGUUGCAACAUCUUUCCUUCCACUUUUUCCCUGUGGUAUUGGAUCCCAGCACCGCUUUGACCCAAUCGGAAAAUGAAGUCGAUGAACUUGAGCUGGAUUCACUGGAUGCCUGCAUGAUUCUGCAACCUGUUUCGUUGUCUGAGAUCGGCGAUGAUCUUGGAUAUGGAAGCAAGGGUUUUGAAGAUGACUCAUUUUUAUCAACGCCAUCGAAUUCUUCGCCGCCGAUUGCCAAAGCACGAGAGACACCAUCUAAGUCACCAGCUAAUGAUACUGAGAAAAAGACGAAUGAGGCUGAUGGUAGCAGCACUGAUACUAAAUCUUCUAAGCUGGUGUCGCCCACUUUUGCCAAUAUUACGAUUGAAAGCGCAACCUUCAUCGCGUACCCCUAUGUCGCCUUCCUCGCCUAUGGUUUUAGCUGGAAUACCAGUGUUCUUGGGGUCACCAAAGUAUUCCACAAUGGAGGCAGAACCAAUUGCAUAUGCUGUGACUAUAGAUCAAAGUAAUCAUGUCAGCAAACCUUCUGAAGCAUCUUUGCCCGAUUCAGUGUCGUGUGUGCCUAAGGCCCAAACUUUAGUUCCUCAAGCAACACCUGUGCAAAGCCAAGAACCUAAAACUCCUAGACCACCAGCUUUGUCAGGAGUGUUUUCCACUCCGUCACUCCUCAGUAAGAGUGAUUCACCCUCUUCGCCGCCCUGGCCAUCGCAAAGUUGCGUUGCGCCAUCCUCUCCAUGCCCACCUCCUCCUCCACCAUCACCAGUGGCAUCAUCAGGGCAACAAUCAUCCUUGACAUCAUCAAAUGGAUUUGCACCACCACCACCUCCUCCAUUGGCUGCAACAAAAGCUAUUCGUGCCAAGAGAAAUGAUGCAAGACUAAAAAGAUCGACACCAAUGGGAAAGUUAUAUAGAGCCCUCAAAGGAAAGGUGGAAGGUUCUAGUUUAGAUGGCAAAGCGUUGCAAGUUAGGAAAAAUCAAGUUGGGAAUUCCUCAGGUGGUAAUAAAGCUCAAGGGAUGGCUGAUGCAUUGGCUGAGAUGACAAAGAGAUCAUCUUACUUUCGGCAAAUUGAAGAAGAUGUUGAAAAGCAUUCUGCAUCUAUUCUGAAGAUGAUAUCCUCUCUCAAUUCCUUUAAGACAAAGGACAUGAAGGAGCUAUCAAAAUUUCACCAGAAAAUUGAGCAAGUGCUUGAAAAACUAACCGAUGAAACACAGGUAUUGUCUAGGUUCGAAGGCUUCCCGUUAAAGAAAUUGGAGACUAUUCAGGUGGCAGCUGCUCUACAUAUGAGGUUGGAAUCUAUAGUCGCAGCAUUGAAGGGUUGGAAGUUAGCAUCUCCAAUUGCCCAGCAGCUUGCGAAGGUUGAGUGCUACUUCAACAAGAUCAAAGAAGAAGUUGAUGUAACUGAGCGCAACAAAGAUGAAGAAUCCAAGAGAUUAAAAAACCACAAUAUUAUGUUUGAUUUCACUGCCCUUGUAAGAAUCAAGGAGGCCAUGGUUGAUUUAUCAUCAGACUGCAUGGAAAUGGUGCUCAAGGAGUGCAGAGAGACUCAGGAAAUAGCUGGAGAAACCACAUCCAAAUCAAAAACAAGACUGAAAAUGCUGUGGAGGGCUUUUCAGCUGGCAUUUCGAGUAUACAACUUUGCUGGAGGACAAGAUGAUCGAGCAGAUAAGUUGACCAGGGAAUUGGCUCGUGAGAUAGAGGCUUGCUCUGAAUCCUAGAGUUUCCUAGUAUACAUCUUUCUUUGUU